AUGUCCGACAUGCCCGUCACAGAGGUCGCCUACUUCACUCUACAGCCCAAUGCGGACUUGGCACCCAUUGCAGAAGCGGAGAAGACCCUCAUCCAGCAACCGGGAUGUAUCAGCGUUCGCAGUUCGCGACUGCAUGAAGAUGCCAAUAAGCUGCUCGUCUUGGUGGAUUGGGCGUCUGUCUCUUCACAUCACGCAUUUGAAGCCAACGAGGCUGUCCAUGCCCCAUCCCUCGCUUCUCUUCAGUCAGUCAUGGCAAGGCAUAUGACGCCAUACCACGCAACUCUGUUGCCAUACCCGCCCACAGUGCUGGAUAACGCCGAUGGCAAAGGCGCCGCGGUCACAAACGUGACCGAGUUCGCAGAGUUCUACUUCAGGGGCGGUGACGUACUCACGCCGGAGAAGAUGAUGAGCGAGACGAAGACCAUUCUGGAGUUCCUGAAACUGCUUCGGGCAGCCAACCCAGAAGGCUUCAGCGGUGAGACCGCCACCGGAUGGGCGAUGGGGGAGGUCGAGUACAACGAGAAGAAGUGUCGCAUUCUAGUCCUGGCUAUCGGAUGGGAUAGCCUGGCCGCGCACUUACGGUUCCGCGAUUCGGAGGACUUCGCACGGAUUGUCCCGCUGCUGAGGGCGUUCGAGGACUUGGAGACUGUCAAGAUGUGCCAUGUGAGCAAUCACACUCUGGCGGCAACUGGGUGA